AUGAAUUAAAGUUAAUCUGCUGAAAAAAUCAACUUCAAGGCGCUUAAAGAAGAUUUUGACCAGCUCAUGCAAACUCUCAAGGAAUAAAAGCAGGGGUUCUAUAAAUAGCAGCAAGGUUUAUCAAUCCUAGACUAAAUGCAUUCAACUGAGUCUGGAAAUAAUGUGAACCAUUUUAUUCAAAAUUUAACUAGCACGCACAUGAACAAAUCUGUUUCACUUCCUAGAAUAAAGCUGCCACCGGCAACUUCAUCAAAGGAUGAUCAUUCUUAGAAGUCUUUAUAUCUAGGAAAGAAUCCUUCUCAACAUAUUAUCAGAUCAGUGAAAUACUUGGUGGAUGAUAACUCCUCUAAGAAAAGUGAGAUGCUCUAGUUUACUGUGCGCCCUCCAUGGCGAAAGACCAGCAUUGUAACAAAUGAGCCUCUAUCAAAAUAUGAUGUGUAACCACUUAGUCCUCGCAACAUGAAGGCUCGAGAUAUUUAUAUAGAAAGUAACCUUAUUCUGCCAAGAUCUAUAAAAGAUGCAAAAAUAGAUGGAAAGACGCCAUUCAAAUUAAAUACUAGGUAUGAUCAUAGGGAAUAUGAAGUUCCACCAGAACAACUACUUGGGAAAUCAUAAAAAAAGUAGAUUCAUAAAAUGAUCGAAGACUAUGAGGGUUCUGUUAAGAGAUAGAUGAAUGAGGAUGAGAAAUCACAUCAUCAUAGAAGGUAAUUGUACGCUAUUAAGAAUAUUUUGGAAUGCUAAACAUCAAGAGAGGAAAAGUAAAUUCUAGAAAAAACUUUAGAUAUGGAGACGAAAUUUAGAGAGAGCAUGGUUCAGCAAGAUAAAGCUAGCGUUUUUUCAAAAGGGACUACAUUCUUUAUGCAGAAUCCUAAUAACACAAGUAAGUCAAUUAAAAUAUUGAAUAACAAGGAUUAAAUGUUUGGUUUAGUGAGAGGACCCGGAUUGUAAAUUAGUCUGAGGGGCUCUAUCUAUGAUAAAAGCCAAAAGCAGGAAAAUAAGACUAAUACCUUCUAAUUCAAGCAUCCACACCUAUGA